AUGACCACCAAUCCAGAAUUUGGCCAGAGCACCACAGGGACAACGGUCGCAAAAGCGUUCAGCGAUGAGGUCCGCGGGAAAGUCAUCGUCAUAGUGGGUGUAUCACCACAAAGUAUCGGCGAGUCCAUGGCAUUAGCAUUGGCCGCGCAUGACCCAGCACUCCUCGUUUUCGCCUCAAGAACCAAAUCAAAGAUGGAAGAGGUUUCCAGUAAGGUUAAAUCAGUGCAUGGGAAAACGAAGAUCGAACUCGUUGGAGUUGACCUCGCGUCGCUUGCCUCGGUCCGCGAAGCGGCAAAGACCAUCAACAGCAUUGUCGACCGGAUUGACAUUCUUAUUAACAACGCGGCGGUUGUCCUUCAGCGGCACGAAUCUACUCAGGAAGGUUUGGAGAUGCAGUUCGGAACGAAUCAUAUAGGUCCCUUCCUUCUGACCAACCUAUUACUACCCAAGAUCAUCGCGGCUGCCGAAAAUUCUGCCACCAAGGGUUCAAUUCGCAUUAUCAAUCUGACCAGCCAAGGCCACAUCAUUUCGCCAAUCCGGUUCAGUGACACCAACUUCAAGAAACGCCCGGAAGACCUGCCACUGGAAGAGCGACCGAUGUCUAGACCGGGCGUGUCAUUUGAUCCACCGCCAGGAGAAACUUAUGUCCCAUUCGUAGCAUAUGGGCAAUCCAAAACGGCGAAUGUUCUCUUCUCAGUCUCCCUGACAAAGAAAUUGGCUAGUAAGGGGAUCCGCUCAAUUGCCACUCAUCCCGGCUCCAUUUGGACGGAUCUAUCCCGGAAUCUCGACGAGAAACAUCAGGAUCUGAUCAGCAAGACUGCAGGAUUCUGGAAGGACCUCGAUCAAGGUGCAGCGACGACUCUGGUGGCUGCACUCGACCCCAAGCUGGGUGCAGAUUUGGAUAUCACAUACCUCAACGACUGUCAAGUUGCACAGGCCGCGGAGCAUGCGCGGGACGAGAAAGCGGCCGAGGGGCUUUGGCAGUUGAGUGAGAGCAUCGUGGGCCAGGAAUUCAAAUUAUAA